AUGUCCGACAUGGGCCACGCCUCGAUCGAACAAUCCGUCAAGAUGUUGAAGAUGAUCAUCCCCGGCUCCACACUCUAUGUCACCUCGCUGUGGCUGAUCAAGGCCGCCAUGGUGCUUUUCUACAAGCGUCUUGCCGAUCGCACCCGCUACCAGACCGUUUAUAACAUCACAUUGGCUGUUCUCGGCGCAACCUGGCUUGUCCUGUUCUUUGAUAUCGUGCUCAAAUGCUACCCGCCCAAGAGGCAGUGGGAGGGGCUGCUGGAUCCAACGUUGGCGUGCCCUGAGAAGCCGGCCACGAUCAACUACUGGCUGACGAUCCUCUUCAACAUCUUCUCCGACGUCUUCAUCAUCUGCCUGCCCAUCUCCCAAGUCGCCCGGCUCAAGAUGCCCCCGCGUCAGAAAUGGGGCGUCAUCUCCGUCUUCCUCCUCGGCGGCCUCGUCGUCAUCACAAGCAUCAUCCGCGCAAUCUACUCCCACCUCAACGAGCAAAUGAUCACCUGCACCGUCUCCAUGAUCGAAACCGCCAUCGCAAUCAUCGCCUCAUGUCUACCCGUCCUCCGCACCCUCGUCUUCGGCUCGCACUCCCGAACCGGCACCUACGGCUCCAACAAACGACGAGGCUACGAGCUCUCCGGCUCCGGCGCCGGCGGCCCAACCGCAAACAUAGCCAGCAAGCACCGCACCACCGUCUCCGUGUCGCUCUCGCAGAGCCAGACGGUCGUCGGCUCGCCGGGCCUGCAUUCGCCGUACGGGAGUCGCCUGGGUUCCGCGACGGGGAAUACGAGCGGGGACGAGGAGCUGAGUCGGCAUGAGAGCGAGGAUGAGCUUGUUGAGACGCCGGCGAAUAUGGGGCCCGGCAUUGCGGUGCGCCAUGAGUACUUUGUUCAUGAGGACCAGGGGCACGGCCAGGGGUUUCAUGCGCGGUAG